AUGACAAACUACAAGAUCGAUAUUGUCUCGGAUACUAUUUGUCCGUGGUGCUAUAUUGGCCAUCGACGGCUCUCUAAAGCUAUCGCUCAACACACCCAGGCCUAUCCAACCGACACAUUCUCCAUAUCCUGGCACGCGUUCUACCUUAACCCGGACGGGGCCGCGUACCCCGGUAUCAACAAGAUGGCGAUGUAUGAGGCCAGACUGGGCGGACCUGAGCGCGCGAAGGCCAUGGCAGCGCGGCUCACGGCCACGGGGGCCGCGGAGGGUAUUGCGUUCUCGUAUGGCGGGAAUACCGGGCGGACGCGUGACUCCCAUCGGCUGGUGUAUCUGGCAGGCCAGAAGUAUGGUGCUGAGAAACAAACGCAGGUGGUGGAGGCCCUGUUUAGGGCUUAUUUCGAGGAGGAGAAGAAUAUUACCGAUAAGGCGGUCCUGUUACAUGCCGCGACGGAGUCCGAGGCACGGUUGCCGAGAGAUGAGGUGCAGGCGUGGCUGGAUUCGGAUCUGGGUGGGAAGGAGGUUGAUCAAGAGGCGUAUGGGGCCACAUCGAAGUUUGUGACGGGUGUACCGAAUUUCACCAUCCAGGGGAAGUAUGUCGUGGAAGGCGCUGAGGAUCCGGCUCAGUUUCUGGAGGUUUUCCAGACUGUCAAAAGGUAUGAUUAG